AUGACAACAAUUGUAUUAGCAAUAUCAUUUGAUAAAACAAAUUAUUCAAAACGUAAUCACUGCUCUUUCAAAGUAGUGAAAUUAAUUUUCUUAGGCUUUUUAACAACUACUGACAAUAAUAAUGAAUUUGAAAAUAUUCAAAUUAAAGAACAUUCAAAUUGUAAAUCCCUUUAUAUUAUUAAUUUAAAACAAGAUUAUACAGAUAUUGAACAACAUAAACAACAACGAAUUGAUGAAAUAAUACAACAAGAUGAUAAUGAAAGUUCAAUAAAUACUGAAUUUUGUAUACUUGUUCAAUCUUUAGAAUACUAUGAAGAAGAAAUUAAUGAACAAUUUCAAAAUGAUGCUACUGAACAAACUGAAGAAUUAAAAAAGCGUUUAAUCGAUGUUAAACAACUAACAUUAACAAAAGAUCAAGAAUUAAUUGCAUCGAAAUAA